AAUUGGAAAAAAAAAAGCCCAACUAUGUUUUUUUUUUUUUUCCCCCAAAUUUGAUUACAUCCUCAACUCAAAGCGUGUACGAAGUCACUUCAAUGGCAGGUAUGGAACCCAAGCCUAAAGACUCGGUUUCAGAAAAAGAUGUGAAAUCUCCAAACAUUUUUGAGCGAGCUAAGGAGGAGAUUGAGGCAGUGUUUCAUCACGACAAAUCGCCUCACCAUCACAAAGAAACUCAUGGAAGAAAUGAUGACAUUGAUGAGGAAACUUCAACUAAUGAAGUCAAAGCGCCUAAUAUGUUUGAACGGGUGAAGGAGGAGUUUGAAGCUGUUGUUGAGGCCAUUCAUCCGAAGAAAGAAUCUACCACUCGUGUCUUGUCACCAAAAAGUGAUGCCUAGGAUGUGUUAAUUUUCUAAAAUAGGAGUUUGAAGACUUGUGGUGUUAACCAUCAAACUACCAUGUUUGCUUUGUCCAUUGAACUUUCUUUUGUUGUUUCAAUUAUAUAUAAAUAGUAAAUUCUUCUUCUUCUUUACAAUUGCUUAUUUGAAUGCUGAGUCCUUCUUUUCAGAAAAAGAAAUUAUCCCUGGACCGAUACAUUAUCAAUGUGAAAGUUUUAUAGUAGACACUUA